AACCUGUGUCAAAAAUCUCGGAAAGAGCAAAUUCUGCGGUCGUCCCUAUUUACGCGUCCUUUCCGUUUGAGAGUUCGCGAUGUCACACAGAAAGUUUGAGGCACCGCGACAUGGCUCUAUGGGGUUCUACCCCAAGAAGCGUGCACGCCGCCAUCGCGGCCGCGUCAAGACCUUCCCCAAGAACGACGCCUCCAAGCCAUGCCAUCUGACGGCGUUCAUCGGCUACAAGGCGGGCAUGACGCACAUUGUGCGUGAGGCCGACCGCCCUGGCUCUAAGCUGAACAAGAAGGAGGUGGUGGAGCCAGUGACCAUCAUAGAGACUCCUCCCAUGGUGAUCGUGGGCGUCGUGGGCUACGUGGAGACGCCCAAGGGCCUGCGCGCCUUCAAGACCAUAUUCGCGGAGCACCUGAGCGAGGAGUGCAAGCGUCGCUUCUACAAGAAUUGGUGCUCCUCCAAGAAGAAGGCCUUCACCAAGGCCUCGAAGAAGUGGGCUGAUGAGGCCGGUAAGAAGGAGAUCAAGCGCGACUUCGAGAAGAUGAAGCGCUACUGCUCGGUCAUCCGCGUCAUCGCUCACACGCAGAUGAAGCUGCUCCGCCUCCGCCAGAAGAAGGCCCACAUCAUGGAGAUUCAGGUGAACGGCGGCACGGUGUCGCAGCAGGUGGACUGGGCGCGCGAGAAGCUGGAGUCGAACGUGCCCGUCGGCAACGUGUUCGCCCAGGACGAGAUGGUCGACAUCAUUGGCGUCACCAAGGGACGCGGCUUCAAGGGUGUCACCAGCCGUUGGCACACUAAGAAGCUGCCGCGCAAGACGCACAAGGGUCUGCGCAAGGUGGCCUGUAUUGGCGCGUGGCAUCCGAGUCGCGUGCGCUUCACGGUGGCGCGCGCCGGCCAGAAGGGCUACCACCACCGCACGGAGAUCAACAAGAAGAUCUAUCGCAUGGGCGCUGGCAUCCACACCAAGGACGGCGUGGUGGUCAAGAACAACGCCAGCACCGACUACGAUCUGACGGACAAGAGCAUCACGCCGCUGGGAGGCUUCGUGCGCUACGGCGAGGUCAACAACGACUUCAUUAUGAUCAAGGGCUGCUGCAUCGGCCCCAAGAAGCGCGUGCUCACGCUGCGCAAGUCGCUGCUGGUGCACACGAGCCGCGUGGCCACCGAGAAGAUCGAGCUGAAGUGGAUCGACACGUCGUCCAAGUUCGGCCACGGCCGCUUCCAGACGGCCGCCGAGAAGGCCGCCUUCCUCGGCCCGCUCAAGAAGGACAUCCUCAAGCGGAAGGAGGCGCAGGCUGGCAAGGCCUAGCAUGGCACGCUGGUGGCGCCCGCCAGCGGACUGUGACCGGACGACGGUGGUCUUCGCUAUCGGCCUCAUAUGACUGCUGUGGCAAUACACGUGCGGAACACA